AAGCAUGAACAGGAGCGAUCGCAGAGCAGACAGACAGCGCGAAGGGUUUAGAGGUGGCGACUGAAGCAUCUCACCAUGAUCAGCCACAGAUGUCUCCUUGGCUGCUUCCUGUUCUGUGUUGUGUGCUUGAGGACCACCCGUCAAGAGCAAAUCCCUUCCCUUACUGCGAAAACGCUGCCACAUGAAAGGAAGACGUCUGCUCUAGUUCACUUGAUGAACAAGAAAUCUUCGUUUGCGAGAACUAGGAAUGACUGGAAUAUGAAAAAUGGUGAAGACGUAAACAGGGAGAUUGAGAGGUACUCCAAGAUUGCUGCCUCGGGAUUCAAUGCGUAUGAAGAAGAUAGAAAACAUGAAAAGCAUAGGAUAACGGAUAGGCAUAAGCUACAGGAGGUUGAUGCUAAGAAAGCAGCUAGUUCAUUGCUUUCGCAAUACAGAAAGAUUGCUUCUGCGGGUAUCUCGGUGCAAGGUUCUCAGAUACAAACUUCAAGACCUGGGAAGCUCACCUCCAUUGAGGUCUUGUCGCCUACUGGGCAUUGGCGACCAGUGACAGUCAAUCAGUUUGAACGUGGGCGAGUGUUGGUGCAUUACAAGGGGUUUGAUCAUUCGUAUGAUGAAUGGAUCAAUGCAAUGUCUCCGAGAAUUCGCUUGCAGUCUUUGGGAAGUGAACAAGCGCACAGCGAUCUGAGAUCUGAUCGCCAUGGCCCUUCGCGAGAGCAAGGAAAGACUAGAGUGCGGGGUCGCAUGGUUGAAACUCAGCUGGACCGCAUGUCUCACGUUGAAACGAAAUCGACGAUGAGAACGAAUGAGACUAAUCCAGCAGUUGAUCCUGAGUUUGUCAAGAUAUACAAAGAUCUAAGGCUGGCUGCACGGGACGCAAAAUCUCAUGGGCUAACAGACAUCGAAAAUCAGAUUGAGCUGGAAGAAGCGAAGCUCAUUAAGUUAUCAGAGCUACCAGGAAAACUGCCAACUUCAGUGAUGGCGCAGCUUACUAAAGCUGUCAAUGUCUUGCAACAACGACUUCGGCAUAGAGUGCAAGCAUUGCGUGAAGGGAGCAUUUCACGAACCAACCAUCCUACUGCUCCAAAAAUUACUCAUCAGGUUGUGCUAUCGAAAACGGAUGCGAAAGCAAAUGCUUUGAAACGAAUGGUGAUGAGGUUUUCGAAGGGAGCCAUUGCUUUGGCUAGCAAGUCAAGAUCAAAGAUUCCAAUGCACAAACAACUUGCAUCGCGAAUCGACAAAAGUGUAUUGUCGCGCGAGAAUGCUGUUGGAUAUACGCCCAAGAUCUCAGAAGAAUUUUCAUCUUGUUUAAUUCCUUCGAUUCCUGCAACGAUGUCGCCCUCCUUUGCGAAUAGAAAAGUGCUAAGCUUUGCUCUGAUGAGCAAAUAUGGUAUAUCUUCAAUAAUUCUGAGGAAAGAACUGAAUGUUGGAUUCAGUUCCGAGCGAUUCUCCGAAGAUGCACCUGAAGGAGAUGAUUAUGGAGAAAUCAUUCUGGGACUUGAUCGAAGAGCCGAUGGUGCUGCUUGGUACUAUGACUCGCAAAUCAUCGUUUCUUCAUCUCCAUGGAGCAUGGUUGGAUUUCUUGAGGACGAACCAGAUAUGCUGGUUUCUGACUGUCAUGACCGUUUCUUGUCGGUUAUCAACAUGAAGCCAUAUACAUACCAAACACAGCAACAUGGAAUGAAGACUGUUGCAUCGAUAGUCUUGGAUCAUGGAGCGGACCCUCUGUUUGUUACACGUCACAAAACUUUCAACGUCGACGAUGUACAACGUCCCGACAGUUCGUAUUUCGUCUGGUCUCAUCAAAAUCAACCACUCGCGAUCCUCCAGCAGUCCGGAAGUGACGACGGCUCAAAGUGGGUGAUUCAGAUAUUGCAGGGAUCACCGCUCGAUUUCCGCGUCAUCGGCCUCUUGGCUGCACAAAUCGAAGCUGAAAAAUUCUUUCUACAUUCCACAAGUUUCUUCGAACUGGGGGUGAUCAUUUUUCAUUUGCGCCACAUAGUCGUUAGUCCUGGGAAAGGCGAUUGCAGUGUUGAGCCCGACGGCUACCUUCCUCCACCUUCCAUGCCAAUUCAGGACCCGAACCGAGAUGUCGUCGAGCAGGUGAAGCAAGCGUUGCAAGGGACAUGGAGGGAAAGCGAACGAUCAAGUCAGCGAGGUUGGUCCGUGUCGAGCUUCCGCGAUCAAUCGCGAGGAUACGCCGACUUCAGAGAGGAAAGCGUUACAAUCGGCGUGUUGGAAAAUAUGCCGUCCCGCUCUUCGUGGAGGGACGAUGAUAAGGAGAUUGCUCAAAAGCCGAAAAACCUAAGGGAAUGGGCGAAGAAGUAUGAUCCUAUUCAGCGACCGGGAAGCUAGCCUGAGAGAAUAUGAGACAACGUAUGUUGUCAUCCUAUGUUGAUACGAGAAGUUUUCUUGCGGGUGGGAAUGGGGGCUGGUGUACAGAAUGUUUGGGAAGCUAUCCUUUAUCUUUGUAAGCAAUAACGAUACUCAGCAUUUCUUG